UUACCUGCUCCGGAACAAACACGCUUGCGAUAGCCAGAGGCCGGCGGGAGGGAUUAGGGGCAGUGUAGGGUCAGGCGUGUGGUGAUGAUAAGAACCACACUGAAGCAAUAUGGAGAAUUUGGCCAUGCGAAUUUUCGCUCAUGUGCCUGACUGGGUCUCCCAGGGAAUAACAGCCAUCUAUUUCAAGGUUCAGAAGAUUUCCGCGUUGGGUUUUCGCCGUCAGUUUCACAGUCAGCCAAGGACCGUCAGUCAGACAGACAUGCGGGUGCGCAUCAUACCAGCGCUGCAGGACAACUACAUGUACCUGCUGGUGGACGAGAAGACCAAGCAGGCGGCAGUCGUGGAUCCGGUAGAGCCGGAUUCGGUGCGCUCGGCUGUCAAAGAGGAGGGCGUUCAGCUGACUACCGUGCUCACCACACACCACCACUGGGACCACGCCGGCGGCAAUGAGAAGCGCCUCGCACGAGGCCGGCUGGCCGUGCUGGGCGGCGACGACAGGAUCGGCGCCCUCACUCGCCGCGUCGGUCACGGAGACAAACUCACCGUCGGCAGUCUCAAGAUCGAGUGCCUGUUCACGCCGUGCCACACCAGCGGCCACAUCUGCUUCUUCGUCAAGGGCGACGACGGACAGCCUCCUGCCGUCUUCACAGGGGACACGCUGUUCCAGGGGGGUUGCGGUCGCUUUUUCGAGGGCACCGCCGACCAGAUGUACGCGGCUCUGGUGGAGACGCUCGGCAGCCUGCCCGGAGAGACGCAAGUGUUCUGCGGUCAUGAGUACACCCUGCAGAACCUGAAGUUCGCGCAACACGUGGAGCCUAAUAACGAGGACAUCAAAAGCCGAGUGGACUGGGCGCGAUCCCAGCGGGAGAAGGAAGAACCCACAGUGCCGUCCACGAUCGCGCUGGAGAAGCUGAUCAACCCGUUCUGUCGUGUGCACGAGGCGUCGGUGCAGGCACACGCCGGCACCUCGGAGCCUGUGCCGACCAUGGCCGCGCUGCGCCGCGAGAAGGACGACUUCAAGCCCAAGAACGCAGCGUGCCGGCAACAAACGGCGGCCUUGGUCUGGACGUUCAUAGAGCCUACGGUGAUGAUCGACCCUGAAACUUCCAGCCAGCCAGGGCUGUUAGAAGCUGGCAACCAAUGGCAACAUCCAAGCAGACAACGUACGACCAAUGGCCACCAGCCAUCGAAUCGGACAACCAAUGACCCGACCUUGGCCAACACAAUAGUCGUCCAGCCUGGGCCGGACAACCCACAGCAGCGCUUUGUCGCAGUCGGCAGCCAGUGACGGCCCGGUUCUGGACCGUUUGGCCAGUAGAAGCCCGGCGCCGAACCAGCCGUCCAGUGGUGACUAGUCCUCGAAUCAGCCGACCAAUGGGAGCGCCGGCCGCUGUGGUACACGUUAUGGCUGGAUGACGGUUGGGGCGGACGGACUA